AUGUGCUCUUUCUCGUCAGCUGCGGUGAGCGGAGUGUGGCGUAUUGCUCUGCUUGUGUUUGAGUGGGUGAGCGCUUGUCUUGCAUCUAUCUCUGUCUGCUGUGGAGAGAAACGAAGGAGUACUGACACUAUUGAGAUUUGGGAACAUGGGACUGCUGUUCGAGUUCUUAGAAUUGUGCUAGAGAAGAGAUUGUUGCCAACUGUUGGUGGUGAAUUUAGUCCAAAUGAUUGUGUCGCAUUAAAUGAUAACAAUUGCAUUGUUGUAACCAUUAAUUAUUUAGACUAUGGUGUUUUCAUUCGCAGACUCUGUAAAUUGGGAAUGACCGAUGCUGCAGAAUUGGUUUUUGGGAUAGCCCAUAAUGCUCUAGUUUUCUUGCAAAAUGCUUCUUAUAUUGCUUUAUUGAAGGGCUUUUCUAGAGAUAAAAGGAUUAAGGAAGCCGUGAGAAUGUACUUUUUGUUACUGCAAAGAGAUAUAGCUCUGAAUAUUUGUGAAUGCAAUGUUCUCCUGAAUGCACUUUUCAAGGAAGAACAAUCAGAAGAAGUCAAUAAGGUAAUUAAAAGUGUGAUUAGAAAGGGAUUUUAUCCAGACCCAUUGGCUAUUUCUUCACAUAUAUCUUCUCAGUGUAGCAAAGGUGGGUGGCAGGAAGCAAAUGAACUUUUGUGGGUCAUGUUGGAAAGAGGAGUGAUGCCUAAUGGGUUUGCUUGUGGUUCAUUCAUCAGGCAUUACUGUGAAGAUGGCGGUCUUGAUUAUGCUCUGUCAUUGCAUGAAAAGUUGGUGAAAUUGGGAAAUGUUCUCAAUGCACCUUCUUACAACAUCCUUUUGGACCAACUCUAUAAUGGAGGGAAAUUAGAGGAGGCAAGCGAGAUGUUUGAUCAUAUGAGAAAUAAAAAUGUGACGAGUAGUGCAAGUUUCAUUACUAUGAUAAGUUGGUUUUGUUGGGAAAAGAAAUUUAGCGAGGCCAGAAAGAUGCAUGAUGAAAUGUUGAAGAAGGGACUCAAGCCUGAUGAAGCUACUUACAAACGUCUCAUAUCUGUGUUUCCUUGA